GUCAGCAUGAGAAUGCACCCUGCAUUCAAGCUCCUGCAACGUUGUGCACAGUCCCCUGCCACGCAUUUGGCUCUCUUCGACAAAUUGAAAGGCACUUUUACCUAAGGCUACGGUAGUCUUCUUCUGUGGGGGGGUGGGGAGCACAAGAAGGGCGGCUGGCAGAGCUGCCUGGAGGUGGAAGGCCCGGCCUGAGCAAUGCAGCGAUUGGUUCCGUCCUUUCUGCAUUUGCGCAGAGAGGGAAAAGCAGCCGCUCGAGUUUGACCGCGUAUCCUGCACUUUUUGGCAUCUCAUUGUGAUCAUCUGAUAGCAACGUCGAGUGGGAAGCCGGAAAAUUGUGCACCGCCUCAAUGGCUGAGCCCAAGAAAGCGCGAUUGGAGGAGGAGGAGGGGCAACAAAAUGGGGCCGAGGAGGGGGGGGGCGAUGCGGAUGCUCCGGAGUACGAUGAGAAGCUCCUCAAGGACAUUGAGAAGCUGCAAGAGGUGCAAGACGAGCUAGAAAGGGUGAAUGAAGAGGCGAGCGACAAGGUGCUGGAGGUGGAGCAGAAGUACAACGAGGUGCGGCGGCCCGUCUACAACCGCCGCAAUGACAUCAUUGGCGGCAUCUCCGACUUCUGGCUCACAGCGUUUCUGAGCCACCCCGCGCUGUCGCAAGUGCUGUCGGAGGACGACCAGAAGGUGUUCAAGUACCUCAAGGAGCUCAACGUCGAGGACUUCAAGGACGUCAAGUCCGGCUACACCAUCUCCUUCACGUUCAAGCCCAACCCGUUCUUCAAGGACGAGAGGCUGAGUAAAACGUUCCGCUUCUCGGAGGACGGCCUGGUGACCGUGACGGGAACCAUGCCACGCUGGAAUGAGGGCAUGGACCUGGUAAACGGGGGCAGCGUAAAGGACGAGCAAGGGCGGAAACGGGCCAGAAGCGAGGACAGCUUCUUCCGGUGGUUCAACGACAGCGACGCCACGUACGAUCCCUCCCAAGACCAGGACCAAAUUGCCGAGGUAAUAAAGGACGAGUUGUGGCCGAACCCGCUCAAGUACUUCAACAGCGACCAAUACGACGAGGACGAUGACGAGGAGGACGAGGGCGAGGAGGAUCUAGAAGAAGAGCUGGAGGAACUAGAGGAGGAAGAAGAGGAAGAGGGGGAGGAAGGAGAAGAGGGCGAGGAAGAAGAAGGGGGGGAGGAGGAAGAGGGCGAAGAGGAGGAAGAAGAGGAGGGGGGAGAAGGGGAGGAGGAAGAAGAAGGGGCGGAAGAGGCAGAGGAAGAGGGAGAGGAAGGGGAAGAAGAGGAGGGCGGCGAGGAGGGCGAGGGCGACGAGGAGGGGAACGAAGAGGGGGGCGACGAGGAUGAAGGCGAAGACGAGGAAGGCGAGUGA